UCAGCGUGUGUGGGACACCGUUUUAAUUGUAGCUUAAAAAUCGGUGUAUUCAAAAAUUCAAUGUGAAGGUGUUUCGUUGCGAGCCAUACAUAUCACUGCGAUCACUUUGUAAAAACCUUAGUUAAUUACAUAUAGCCGGCGAAUACAGAAAAAAAAAAUGAAAUUAUAGCAAAUUUAUUUACACUGUGCUGCACGUAAAAUUUUAGUUGCGUGUGUGUGUGCUUUUUAUGUUUACUUCUACAAAGCUGUGAUCGCUAUUUGCUUUUAAAAUGAUUUACGAAACUUCAUACGAUAGUGGCCGUCUGCCCUAUAAACCUGAUUUGACACGCGGCUAUUGGGCUAAGCCAAGCGACUUCAUAUUUGCCGGCAUCAGCUUAGCUUUCCGCUUAGAUGUUUUCUCCAUAGCAUGGGUGAUAUUUUCAUAUGCGGGUUGUGCGUCUGUUGUGCCUUAUAUAAUAUUUUUAUUCAUCUUCAUUGUUCCUUUGUUUGUGAUGCAAUCAUUUCUCGAGCACUGGAUUUAUCUCAGGAUUUCGCAUUGCGCCGCUUUUUACUACAUCAUUCGCUCCGACGAUGACUCAAUAUCCGAGUAUGCGAUAGCCUGGCCGGUGCUGUGCGGUGUAGUGGGUGUUUGGUUACUCACGCUGGGCAUACUUCUAAAGCGCGUUUCAUUUAUCGGCAAAUUUUUUCGCUGCAUUUGCGUCAUCAUGUUCGCCAUUUUCUUGGCAAUUUUCGUACAUCUCAUCAUCUACAUUAAACUCGACUGGGACACUUUCGUGGGCUAUUUUAAACCUGCACUGCAAAGUAGCUUUAGCGGCGUUCUGGGUGGUUUACGCACAGCGAUUUUCAUGUCCACCUGGUUGCUGGGGCCCGGUUGGGGUAACGUGCUCACGCUCGCCAGCCACAAUCGCUUUCAGCGCGACUCUGAGAAGUUGACCUACUGGGUGAGCGGAACGCAUAUGCUGUUGGCGUUCAUGGGUAUGAUUUGUGGGCGGAUCGCUUUCGAUCACUUCGAAGAUCACGUUGGCUUCCUGCACUUCCACUUCGAUGAGGAGCAUUAUAUGCAAUUUCUUUAUCUUUGUUUUGCAUAUCUCUUUGGCAGUUUUACAAGUUUGCCAAAUUUCUGGUGUUUUCUAUUCUUCGCCAUGAUUUUUCUCGCCGAACUAAGUGCAAUUAUAAUUCAAAUGAUGUCUGUUCUAACCGCUUUAUUUGAUGAGUACGAACAAUUGCGAACAAAGAAAUCACGCAUUACAAUCGCUCUGGCGCUGUUGAUGCUGACUGUAUCAAUUUAUUUUUGUACCAAGAAGGGCUUCGCACACCUGGAUCUACUUCCCAACAUUGUCAUUCUAUCACACUUGAUUAUCUCAUUCGUUUUACUACUGAUGACCACUUGGAUUUACGGACGUGAACGCUUUCAAUGCGAUCUGCAAUUUAUGUUGGGCAAAACGAUUUCGAGUUUUAAAAUAUUUUUAAUACGAUUUCUAACGCCAGCAUUUUUUGUGCUAAGCAUUAUUCAAACACUUUACUUUCUGGAACGGGACAACUCACCAACUGCACUUGUUAUUGUCAGUCAAUGUGUGAUCUAUGCCAUAGCACCUGCCUAUAUGAUUUAUAAAAUUUGCCAAACUACUGGCACAUUGCGUAAUAGACUGAAACAAUGCUUUGCACCGCACGACUGGCAUCCUGUCGAUGCUGAUAAUCGACGAUUUUACGAAGAAAUUAUGGGCGUAUCGGAAUUGCUGGUAAUGGAGAGCGGCGAAGAGCACUAUGCUGUGAAUGCUUGAAAAUUGUACACGCAA